AUGCAACAAAAUUUGAUUUAUCACAAUGGAAUUUCAUUUGACGAUGCUGAUUUAAAACCGAACGCAAGUAGAGCUCGUGCCUGCCAAUUUAAAGAAGAUGAAAAUUUACUGGAAAAAACACACGUUCAUCGUACGAUAACAGAUUCAUCGAAGACUGAAGCACAUGUCGCCGCCGAUGAAAUUCGUAAUACAAUGAUUCGCAACCACUGUGUCAGAGUAGACACAAAUUUUCAAUGUCCAUUUGUAUCGUUCGCAAGCAAAUAUAAUCAAGAGACGCAAAAAACAAAUGAUAAACAGAAAAAAACUCUUUAUACAACAUGUUCCUGGAUAUAUCCUCGUGUUACAAUCUAUUUAUUUGAUGACGAAGCCUCACCAGAAGUGAAUAAGAAUGUCGAUGAACAUGAACAUAAAACAAAGAUUCAUGAUGCAUUCAAUGCUAACUUUACGGCAAUAACUAAAAACAAAGUUGGUGUCGAUGAAGCAAAACAGAUAAGUGAUAAUACAACUCAAAAAUCAUCUAUCACAUGGGAAGCUACUGGUGGUAAUACAUUACAAAAUAAUAAUGUUGCUGCAUGGCAAACAACUGUUAGUAAUAGUCAAUAUUGGCGAGUAAUUGAAUAUGGCGAAUUUAUUCCAACGUACAAAUUGUUGAAUGAGAAAUUACAAAAACAAAUUGAACGAAUCCUUUACAUUUACAAAAUGAAACUCAAGAGAUGGGAACAAAAUGGGAAAACUAUUGCAGAAACAUAUCCAAAUAUACACACAUUAUAUAAAUCCAUUCUUUCUCUUUAUGCAAAACCUAUUGCGAUUCUUUUGGUUGCGAAUUAUGUGAAUCGAUGUAAGUAUGUAUAUGAUUGGGCAUUUGGUAACCAUCAUUCCAUAACAAAUAUGAUUGUUGAUGAAGAAAAUAAUUCUCCGAUCAUCGUUGAUUAUGGAAAGAAACAAGUGAUUCGACUGUUCAAUGGAAAUGAAGAGAUUCUCGUUGAAAAUAUUAACUGUUAUGGUUUAGCAAAAGAUAAAUAUGGUUUCCUUUAUGUUUCGGAUAUAGAAAAGCAUGAAGUGAGAAGAUGGAAAGUUGGAGAAGGAAAGGGAAAAAGCGGAGAACUAGUUGCUGGCGGAAAUGGAAGAGGAGUUAGACUGAAUCAACUGGAUGAUCCUGCAGCAUUAAUAGUCGAUGAUUGUGGUUCUAUAUUGUGGCAGAUCGCAAGAAUGGUCGAAUGGUGCGAGGGAGAAACAGAGGGUGAAAUUGUUAUUCGUGGAGGAGAUCGAUCAAAUCAAUUGUAUUAUCCCACAAGUUUAUCAUUUGAUGUUAGAGGAAACUUUUAUAUUAUGAAUUCUUUAAAUCGCAAAAUUCAAAGAUUUGAUUUGAUUUCGGACGACAAUCUAUACCCUUAG